UUCACGGGCCAAUGGCAAGCCAGCUUACUAAAGUUCAAGGGACAUUUUCCCACAUCAACCCUCAUAAGCUGCUUGUGAGGCAAAGGUCCGUAUCAGACCGGGCGUGACGAAACGAAGCGAAGUUGGUGCACGCGUCCAAGUCGGGCUCCGGGAACGACAACAAGAUGUUGCUCCUGAGGUUCGGUGGUAGAAGGACAUUGGUGCAAUGCAGUCAUCUGCCCGGCAGUAGUAUCGGCAGCAGCAUCGGCAGCAAUCGUCUUCUUCAUACAUUCCCUUCGUCAUCGACGUACCGCCAGCCUUCACUCAGGCGAGUUGCCAUCCCCACCACCACCUCGAACAUCGCCAACGGCCCCCUGCGCCCAUGCCCUGGACAUGUGGCCCUCUACGCAUCUGAGAGUGAUGGCAAACCGCCCAGCACGGCGAGCAAGAUCGCAGCGAAGCUCCCGACGCUCCCGAAAAACAUUCAUGAAGACAUCCGAACCCUGCCGAACCUGCUGACGCUCUCUCGUCUCGUCGCCGCGCCCUUCGUCGGCUACUUUAUCCUCCAUGACCAACACGCCUGGGCGCUAGGCCUUUUCGCAUAUGCAGGAGUGACGGACCUGCUGGACGGCUGGAUCGCGCGGCGGUGGAAGCAGCAAACGGUCGUCGGUACCGUUAUCGAUCCCAUGGCCGACAAGAUGCUCAUGACCAUCUUGACGGUGUGUCUGGCUGCGCAGGGGUCGCUUCCGGUGUGGCUCGCGACCAUCAUCCUCGGCCGCGACGUCGGCCUCGCCAUGUCUGCCAUUUACUACCGCUGGAUUUCCCUGCCGCCUCCCAAAACCUUUGCACGAUACUGGGACUUUUCACUGCCCUCAGCCGAGGUCCGUCCUACAACGAUAAGCAAGUACAACACGUUCCUCCAGCUCGUUCUCAUCGGCAUGACGACUGCCGCCCCUGUUUUCAGCUAUGAUAUCUCGACGCCGUUGACCAUCAUGCAGUACAUCGUAGCUACCACAACUGUCUGGAGCGGCGCGAGCUACAUAUACACCAAGGACGCGGUCAAGAUCCUGACCUCGCCCAAGACACCGCCCACCAAGGGUUGAGCAGUCUGGCCGCUCUCUCGUGAGCUGCUGCUGUCCUUGAACAUGGGAACCUUCGCAUUACUGAAGAUUGCACGAGGCCUGUACCGUCUCACUCGUCGAAAACUCCGCACCUCGCCCAUCAAGGGAACACCGGAAGACAUUGCAUUCCGAACCCCAUUCGCAACCGUCUCGGAGCAAGCAGGUUGUAACAUUUACACAUUACAGGGGGCGUUGUGGGUAGUGGUUGCUGUAAAUAUAAAAUUUGUACAGUACGAUUACAGAGAGUAACACAUAUAUGCACAAGCGCGGUGCAGCUGAACGGCCCUAAGCGUUUUAUCCAGCGCUUGCCGAAUGCUUUUGAGGCUUUGGCUUCGUUUUCUUCUUCCUUUUUUUUUUUAUCUUUCUUUCUACACCUCC